CUCACAAUUCAUCAGUAAUGAGAACAGAAGUGAGGCGGUUGUACGACAUUGCAAAUGUGUUGUCUUCCAUGAAUCUUAUUGAGAAGACCCACACUUUAGAUACCCGGAAGCCUGCGUUUAGGUGGUUGGGGAUGAGGGAGAAAUCCGAAAAAGGAUCCGCUGAUAAUACCUUUGUUCUUAAUGAGUCUAAGAAAAGGGUGUUCGGAACCGAUGUCACCAACAUCGGUUUCAAGAAGAGUAAGGUCGAUUCUUCAAACGAUCAGAAUCCCAACCAGUGCAUUAAGCCGAAAAAGCAUGAAAAAGUCGAGAUUUCGGCCGAUAGAAGUUGCUCAGAUGAUUCGAAACAAGGCUCAAAGAGCUACCAAUUUGGUCCUUUUGCUCCUAUAAACUUGACCAAGAGUGGUAACCCUGCGAAUGGUGCAAGGUUGGUUCAUGACUGGGAGAGUCUUGCUUCUGCAUACCGCCCUCAGUACCACAAUCAAGGAAAGCUCUAAGGGAUCUUUUCUCUCAUUACAUGAAAGCCUGGAACUCAUGGUACUCGGAAGUUGCUGGGAAAAAUCCAAUACAACAGAU